AUGAUCGUUGAGGAUGUCAUCAGCCGACCGGACGUGACUCUGGCGUCCUUUGCAGACCUUGACAUCCGCAAGAUCAAUCGUCGGAUCGACUUGCGACUGUUGCCAGUGGUUGCGCUCCUCAAUUUCCUCUCGUUCCUGGAUCGCACUGCCAUUGGUAAUGCAAGAAUCCAGGGCAUGGAGAAGGAUCUGGGUCUGAGCGGCGGGCAGUUCAAUUUGGCCUUGACGGUUUUCUUCUUCACAUACUCGAUAUUCGAAAUUCCCAGCAACGUGGUGCUGAAGAGACUCAGACCGUCGAUCUGGUUGCCAGCCAUCAUGGUCGCUUGGGGUAUCGUGACGACCUUGACGGGUCUUGUGCAGGGUUUUCAUGGUCUGAUAGCCGUUAGACUCUUCCUGGGAGCGACGGAAGCAGGUCUUGUGCCGGGAGUCGCCUACUAUCUGACCAUGUGGUAUCCUCGCUAUGAGGUUCAAUCCCGUCAAGCGUACUUUUUCAUUGGCAUCUCGUUGGCUUCGGGUGUCGGAGGAUUCUUUGCGUUCGCUAUUGAACACAUGGAUGGCGUCGCUGGUCUCGCAAGCUGGCGCUGGCUGUUCAUUAUCGAAGGCAUCAUAUCCGUUGUCGUUGCCGUGGGUGCUCACUGCGUCAUGUGCGAUUUUCCAGCAACAGCCAAAUUCCUGACUCCAGCCGAGAGAGCCUUUGUGGCCUACCGACUGAAGUACGAUGGCAUGAACGACGGCGCGGAGAACGGAAUGAGAAUACCGCAGACCGACAAGAGAGGCUGGAAAUACGCGAAGCCGGUGUUCACUGACCCAAUGAUCUAUCUCCUGAUGAUCACUCAGAUCUGUUUCGUGGCGACAGUAUACGGCGUCAGCUUGUCGAUGCCCAAAGUCAUCAAAGCAAUGGGCUACAAGACAACGACAGCGCAGCUGAUGACAAUGCCGCCCUACUUCACCGCAGCCGCUCUCACCAUCGGCAUGGCAUACAUCUGCGACCACUACAAGCGACGAAUCCCAUUCAUCCUCGGCUGCUACGCCGUAGCGAUCCUGGGUUUCGGCCUCUGCGCAUCGGGCGGAGGACCCCACCGCACCUACGCCGGCAUCUUCAUUGCCGCCUGCGGGAUUUUCCCCGUCAACCCAUGCGCGUUGGCCCUCACCACCAACAACCUGGCUGGUGAGUACAAGCGAGCGAUUGGCCUCCCGUUCAUCCUCAUGUUCGCCGUGUUCGGCGGUGCGAUUGCCAGCAACUUCUUCCGCAACCGGGAUUCGCCCAAGUUUGUGUUUGGAUUCUGUAUGGAGCUGGGCGCGUCGGGGAUCGGUUGUGGUUGCUUGAUAUUGCUGGGUUUGCUGUACGCUCGCGCCAAUCGCAGUCGUGAGCGGAGAUGCGCCGCGGGAGAGCAUUUGAGGUACACGGUGGAGGAGUUGAGUGAGCAGGGAGACAAGGCCGUCACGUUCAGGUAUACCAUUUAG